GCACACGGUGACUCCAGUCAGUGCGCUGACGCCGGCGCAUACGCACGCGCCGCGAGCCGCGAGUACAAUAUUGAGAUGUCGUGCUAGCGCGGCGCGCCCCCAUGGUGUACCCCGAAGCCUCCCGCUGGGGCGCGCCCGACGCGAUAGCGCCCCUCUACGAUGACGUCUACCGAGACGGCGUGAUAUCGACGGUGAACGUGGUGGAGGCGCUACAAGAGUUCUGGCAGGCGAAAGCGUCGCGGAGUGCGGGCGGCGCGGGGGGCGCGGCGGCCGGCGCCCUCGUCAUUUACGAGUCAGUACCCGCCGCACACCCGCCCUACGUUUGCUAUGUCACGCUGCCCGGCGGCGCGUGCUUCGGAAGUUUUCAGAAUUGCCCUACAAAAGCUGAGGCGCGGCGGAGCGCAGCGAAGAUAGCGCUGAUGAACAGCGUGUUCAAUGACCACGAGUCACGGCUGAUCUCCGACCACUUCAUAGAGAAGGCGGUGGCGGAGGCACGCGCCUCUUUUGCCGGCGCCGGCGCCGGGGACAAUGCACACAGUCAGGAUACUAACGCCGGCAUCGCAGCAUUCAGAUUCAUGCUGGAGGCGAACAAGGGGCGCACGAUGCUGGAGUUCCAGGAGCUGAUGACGGUUUUCCAGCUGCUGCACUGGAACGGCUCACUGCGGGCGAUGCGCGAGCGCCAGUGCUCGCGGCAGGAGGUCGUCGCCCAUUACUCGGCGCGCGCGCUCGACGACGCCAUGCGCGAGCAGAUGGCGCUGGAGUGGGCCGCCAAGGAACGGGACUCUAUCGCCGCGGGAACUGGCGGAGUGUUACGAGGGGAACUCGCCAGGGCAGAGCGGGAGUUACGCGCGGCUCGGCUGGCAGCACGCGAGCUGCGCUUCCCAAAGGAGAAGCGCGAUAUUCUGGUGCUGGCCGCGCGCGUGGCGCCCCCGCAGCCGCCGCAGUGAUCUCACCACGCCACCCGCGAUACUAGCGCCACCGGCUCCAAUCAGCAUCUCAGUCGCGUUCUACCAUCGACUUUUACUUUUACAUUAACACUGUUAUUUAAGUAUAGUUUUAUAGUGUAAGAAU